CGAGAGACAUGAACCAUUUCGUUUUCUUCUAAAAAAGACUUCAGUGGACUGGGUGGAUACGAUGCGCAUAUAUAUAAGUUAACUCGAGUGAGGGGAUCUUCGAUUUAGCAGAAGAUAAUUGGAGUGCUGAAUGCUAACCGAGAGAGAGAGAGAGAGAGAGAGAGAGAGAGAGAGAGAGAGAGAGAGAGAGAUGAGUCUAUUGUCAAACAGGAUUUCCAAGGAGGAGCUCCAGCCGGGAGAUCACGUCUAUACUUAUAGAAAACUGCAUACAUACUCCCACCAUGGUAUAUACGUGGGGGAAGGUAGGGUUAUUCAUUUUGUUAAAACAAAGGGAAAAGGGAAAAUAAGUAGUAAGAGAAAGCCUCGAUGCAGCGACUGCAAGAACGACCCAAACACGGCACGCGGAGUGGUGAAAACCUGCGUCGAUUGCUUCCUGAAAGGUCACGGCCUUUUUCGAUUCGAAUACAACGUGUCUCACAAUCGCUUCAAUAUCAAAAACAGGGGGACUUGCAGCACUGAGAGUUGUUAUCCGGGAGGCGAAACUGUUCGUCGUGCCUCAGAGAUUUUCGACAAGGAUCCGACUCAUGGGACGGGUUUCGGUGAAUACAAUUUGCUUAAAAACAACUGCGAGGACUUUGCCAGCUAUUGCAAAAGAGGCACGAGCGUGAGCGAGCAGGCUGUGAGGGUUUGGUCUGUGGGGAAUAGUUUUGCAGAUUCAACAAAUAGUAGUAGUACUAGUAGUGCUGCUUCCCCAUCCAGAAUUGAUGAUGCUACUACUUCCAAGGCUGCUUUUCUUAUUUCCAAGGCUACUUCUUUCUUUUCUUCCGAGUCUUGAUUCUGUUUAGACGGAAUUGGAUCCUCUCCUGAGCAGGAUCCUCCUGAUCCAACAACACGGACCGUUAGAUUUUGAUCCAACAACUACAAACAGGUACCUCUCUAAAAGUUUAAUAAUUGUAACCGUUGAAUUAAAAUUCAAUGCCCCAUGUUAGUGGGUCAGGAGGAUCCAACUCCUCAGGAGAGGAUCCAAUUCCCUGUUAGACCGUGUCAGGUAUACUCAGUCAACAACUCUUAUCCAAUGGGAAUUAUGUUAGGUUUGUUUGACUUUUGAAUUUUGAAUUGUACACUUGUAAAUAGGGUUUUUGAAACCCUGAUGUAAUAUGGAAAUCAUUACAAAUAGAUUGCACCCUACAACGUUGAGGACAAGCAAUUAUAGUGAAAAACCUGCCUUCUGUU